AGUUCCCAAUGAAUAAGAAUUUUAACUUUAAAAGAAAAAAUCAUAAUGGUUUCCGAAGCAACAUGUUUACAAAUUGAACCUUCCUAAUGUUGAAUACCGUAACACAAAUGUUUAAUAAGAAUCUUAUUGGAAAGACACUUUGCUUAACUGAAACUAAAGUUUGCAUUUUGGUAUUUUGGAAGCUUUAAAAUCAUUUCUUUGUAUUUAUUCUAAGGGGAACCUUUGUAGAAAUAAUUUGCACACGUCUUGGAGUAUAUUAUUCUGCAUGCUGUAUCUGUGAUGAAUUAAAAGAAGGCCGUAUGUAACAAUGCAGGAUAAAGACACGAACUUACGAUCCUAUCCGCCAAAGAAGAAGCGAACAGAAAAAUAAACAAAAAGAAAGAAUUAUUAAGAAGGCAGACUUUGCGUCAUCUUGGCAUAUGUCAACGUAUAACCAUAAAAAUUCUCUAAGCAUUCACAUAACUUCACUUAAAAAUAGUGUGAUGUAUAAAUUUGUUGUUCAAAAUGUCCAUAUACACAUCUGGGCCUGACUUAGCGCGGACUGGGGCAGACAUUUAUAAAUAUUUAAUAAACUAUAUUUGGUUAAAAUGCCCGUGUUUACGGCUAACAUACCCUGUGCUCUCAAAGUCGGCGAUAGAAUUGAAAUCGGUGGUAAAAUUAAGGAGAAUGCACGCAAAAUGUCGGUGAACUUAUGCGCUCAGGAAGGAGAAGAACCCCGCGAUGUUGUGCUGCAUUUUGACGUGAGGUUCCAUCGAGACAACAUCAUAUCCUUGUCGCGGAAGAACGGCAUCUGGAUCGGCAGUGGGAACUAUGAUACCAACUAUAAUAUGUUUGUGCCAGGCACAAUAUUUCGUAUAAUAUUCGAGAUCAAGGACACGGAUGUGAUCACGAUCUACUGCCAGGGCAAGUUCCACUCCAACUUCCUGCCGAAGAUACCCCUCACGAUGGCGCGGUACAUAGUCGCGUGGGCCGACGUCGAGAGAGUCACGCAUUGCUACUUCCAUUUCGCCAAUAAGGCAGUCGGCGGAGACGAAGCAGUCGGUAUACCGAGUUCCUUCUCGCCGCAGUCACCGCGCCCCACAAUGCUCGCGGGAGAUAUCAAAAGAUGUCAAAGGAUACACAAGAAAUCGGCGCCUGGUUCACCUCAGUUGCACUCGUCAAACGAGAGUUCGGACGAUGAAAAGCCUCGUCCGAAAAACGAUGGGCGAGCAGACCGGUACUUCUACGACACACUUAUGUGCCAGCCGCCAGAACAUCCCAAAUUCGGAUCUCCUGAAUCUAUGAAAAGGAGAGACCCUAGUUUAGCUAGAAGUAAAAUAGAAUACAGUAGGAAAUAUAGAGAAGUAUCUGAUACGGAGAAGAAUGAUAGUGAAGACUAUUCUGAGGACCCCUCGAAGAAUAUGGACUCGUCCGUCGUCGAGUCAGAUGAUGUACUGCAAGAGUUGGGCAUUAAGAAACGGAAUAGGAGAGGCAAAUUCGCUCCCUUCGCACAAGUCGUAAAUUUUAUGGGGAAGACGACCAGGAGAAAUUAGUGUUGUGCUACGGUGAUCGAUUAUUUUACAACUGGUAGUCCGGUUUAGUCGAUUUUAUGUGUUUAUUUUUUUUUGUAGAUUUUGUUUGUAUUUGUAAUAGUGGUGUCCUUUUUGGAACGAUGGGGCAGUUUCGCAGUUUGUUUUAUUUUUUUUAGUAUUGUUACAAGGCUAGAUAAUUAUGGUUGUCGUCUUUAUGAAGUAAUGUGACAUCAAGAUAAACUUGUAAUAUUAAAUAACCUAUUUGGUUAAAAAAUAAUAAUUUGUAACAGUGUUUUAAUAAAAUUUCAAA